GGGGAUUGGAACGCCUGGAUCACAUGAUAUGGAGGGGAUUGGAACGCCUGGAUCACAUGAUAUGGAGGGGAUUGGAACGCCUGAAUCACAUGAUAUGGAGGGGAUUGGAACACCUGAAUCACAUGAUAUGGAGGGGAUUGGAACACCUGAAUCACAUGAUAUGGAGGGGAUUGGAACACCUGAAUCACAUGAUUGGAGGGGAUUGGAACACCUGGAUCACAUGAUAUGGAGGGGAUUGGAACGCCUGAAUCACAUGAUAUGGAGGGGAUUGGAACGCCUGAAUCACAUGAUAUGGAGGGGAUUUGAACACCUGAAUCACAUGAUAUGGAGGGGAUUGGAACACCUGAAUCACAUGAUAUGGAGGGGAUUGGAACACCUGAAUCACAUGAUAUGGAGG